AUGUCUUCUAACCCCGAGAAGCCUCCCCUCUCGAGCCAGGUCCCCGACCAGAACCAGGAGCCAUACUAUCCGACACCAGCGGCCUCUGGCCUUCCCCCUGCGAGCUUUGGACAGCCAACCCAGUCAUCUCAGCAACCCCAGCAACCCCAGCAACCCCAGCAGUCUGACCUUCCUCCCGCCUACCCUUCCAACGAGCAGCACGCCGCGCCCACGGAAAAGGGCGCCGCCGUGCCCGCCUCUCAAACAACCCAGCAGAAUGCGCCCUACUUCCCUCCGCCGCCUCCCGGCCCUCCCCCCACACACACCGACACGGGCCUGAGCGCCGCCUCGUCCAACCCUUCCCAGUUCUACAAGUCCUCCAACGACUACGAAGGCCCCGCGCCGCCGCUGCCCGGACCCCGUCCCUCUCAGCAGGGCGUUCACGACGAGAAGACUGUGCCCGCCUACAACCCCGCCCAGCCGCACUUUGCGCCGCCUCCGGGCCAAGCCGCCGCCGCCGCUGCCGCCACCUCGAGCGAUCACCACCACCAACACCAGCAGCCACCUGCCUACGCCAGUAACGCUCCAUCGUCCGCGGCGCCCGGUGCUGUUGCCGCGGAUGGCAAGAAGCCCCAUCGCAGCUGGGGCGACAGGCUUGCUCAGAUGGGCAGCAAGGCCGCCAUCCCCAUCAAUGCCCUCGCCAACAAGAUGGGCUCUCAGAGCUUCCUUCCCACCACCAUGGACCGCGAGUGUGAGAAGGCCGCUCAGAUCUUGAAGAGCUUCUGCAAGGAGGGUAUCACCUCCGACCAUGUUGAGGAGAAGCCCUUGCACGAGGCGACACCCGUCGAUCCCAAGAACAAGGAAAAGGAAAAGGCGCCUCGCAAGCGGACUGGCGCUAUCGUCAAGAUCCCUUCCAAAGUCAUCGCCAAGGCACAGGGCCUCGCCAUCUUUACGACGGCGCGCGUGGGCUUCCAGUUCUCCGGCGCCACCGGCUCUGGCGUCCUCAUCGCCCGCCGCGCUGAUGGCUCGUGGUCGCCUCCCUCCGGUAUCCAGGUCCACGCCCUCGGCGCUGGCUUCAUGAUUGGCGUCGACAUUUACGACUGCGUAUGCGUCAUCAAUACUCAGGAGGCCCUCAAGGCCUUUAUGAGCACCCGCGUCAGUCUCGGCCCCGACGUCGCCGUCACAGCUGGUCCCUACGGUGCAGGGGGCGUCCUCGACUUCGGUACCGGGUACAGUGGCGGCCGCAAGUCGGAUGAGCAGCAGCGACUAGCCGAGGAGCAGGCCGCGCAGAAGAAGGCCGAGGAAGAGAAGCUGCAAGCCGAGGGAUUGAAGCCUGGCGAGAAACCCAGCAACCAGCGCCGCAGCAGCAGCCGUUCUUUCAAGCCCGUCUUCACCUACGUCAAGUCGCGCGGCUUCUACGCCGGCAUCCAGGUUGACGGUACCAUCAUCACCGAGCGCCGCGAGGCUAACGCCGCCUUUUACCAGCAGCAGCAGGUUAGCGUCGAGCAGAUUCUGCGCGGCGACGUUCCCCCCACUGGCGCCUGGAUGGCCGGCUCGCGCGCCCUCUACGAUGCGCUGCGCGUCGCGGAGACCCAACAGCCCCUGCCCGAAGCAAACCUGCGCCGCCGGCACCCGUACCGGCCGAGCCUCAGGUCGCUCACGGUCCCAUUACGACGGGCCAGACGCCUGUCGGGGGUCAGACGCAGGGUAUUGCCGGGCAGCACGUCCACGAUCCUGCCGCGCACGGAACAGGCAGCCAGUACGGCGGCCCGCCGCACAUGA